CCGAUUUGCGUGACUGGAAGUACAAAUAGGCAUUUGGAGGGAAUUCCUGAACCAGGGAAACAUGCAGUGGCAUAUUUGCCAGUCUUUCACCCAGUGGAGCUCCAAGCCUCUGCGCCAGACGAAGCUGGCGGUGCGCGCUCAGGCAGUAUCAGAGACGACGCCGGCGUUUAAGUUACCGAAGGUCCAGCUUCCAAAGGAUCCGGAGGGAAUCAAAUCUUUUAUCGCGAAGUCACAUCAGAUGCACGGCCAGGGGCGGUCAAUGUGGUUCUGCCUCUCAGGGGCGGGGAAACGGGCCACUACCGGCACGUACCUUGCGCAUGCCGACACGCUAGACUGGAAUGCCGCAUCCAGUGGCUCCAUUGACUCGUACAAUAUCUACAGUUGAGGUUGCCCUUGCAAGGCACGGCAAGUCAUGUAGCUCUCGCUUGGCAAAUGGCUUCGGCAAGGCUUGCUGCGUUUUCGGAUCGUUUUUGGAUCUUGGCUCGUGUUGAAUGCACAGGUGGACGUUGCUCUGGUGCAGAGUGCAGUAUUGGAGAGUUGUUGCAAGUUCGUUAGCCGGCGUUACUGGAGCAUGGGGCCGACAAGAGGCUCUUAUUGUUUUUGAGAGACGGACAGUGCCAUAGCGGGCCAUAGGUAGCUUAGAUUGACCUCGGCCAGCUUGUGUAUGGAUGCUGCAGCGGACUGUUGUUGUGGCACGCCCUGGAAAGGCGUCUUUUGAAAGGAGUUGUUGUUUGUCUUUUGUGCGUCAGGCAAAUGAGCUUGAUGAUUGGGGGGUUGAGAAUUACGCGCGGGGGGACUUCCCUACUUCUGUCGAGUGUGUUUCAAUUCCGGGAAAUCGGGUGGAGGAAUUCCACCGGCCGCCUGGGGGCAAGGAAAAUCAAGCCUUUACGGCCGUGACCUGGCACAGCUGGGAGUGAAUGCAGAUUUGAAUCCAAAACCCCUUGGAUAGUUUGCUUCCCUUUGAAGGUUGGCAGGGC